AUGGCAUUCAAUGGAAGCGCUAACAUAUCAACUGAUGAUGUCCCUGAUCGGAGCGAACUAUUCUGGCGAAGUGAAUUCAAGGACUUCCCAGCAACAGUAAUCCCUGUUCUCCCUUUGCUAUACAAGCAAUCGACACUCGAAACCCUCAAACACAAUAUUGAUCUAGCGUGUGGCGAACUGGAUUCUGUCUCGGCGAGCGCAGCGUUGGCCCUAGCAUGGGGUCUCGUUCUAUCCCAAUACACUGGGAUCGACGAUGUUUUUUUUUUUUUCGGUCUUGGUCUCAAAUUGGAAAGCAUCGAACCUUCUAACAAACUGAUAGUUUUGCCUUUUCGGCUAUUGGUUGACCCUCAGGAAUUAGUGACAGACGCGUUUUGCAACACCGAAACCAAGAUCACGGACGGGUCUACAUUUGAGGUAUCUUCAAGUCAAGAAUUAUCCAACUUUGGUGGAGAGAUAGCAGCAGCGUGUCAAUACAUGAACAUACUCAACAUCAGACAAGGGCAGCAAAAACGCCCCGGUGGCUUGCAAAGUACGGACACGCGCAAAUUCCCUCUUGUGCUCAAUUGUGAGACCCGAACCAACGGCGUUGAUAUGGAAUCCCUGGCGGAUCCUUCUGCAAUUUGCAUCGAAUUGACACGCAUGAGGUUGCACUAG